UAAAAAAAGAAGAAAGAAUCCCCGAGAUAACCGCGACAGCCUCAGCACAAUUAGCUGACGGGCUCUGCCUCUCCUCUGCCUCUGCGGGCUGUCAGUCGCUGGAGGAUUUGUCGGAGUUUACGAGCCUCUGAUUCUGUGAGGAUGUUGUUGUGGCUGGUUUUGUUCCUGCCUGCCCACUCCUUGGCUCAGCGAUCCGAGCCCAUGUUCUCCGCCAUAACCAAGACCGUGCUCCCCCCUGACUACGACAACAACCCCACUCAGCUCAACUAUGGUGUGGCUGUCACCGACGUGGACGGAGACGGAGACCUGGAGAUUUUUGUCGCUGGCUACAACGGGCCAAACCUGGUGCUGAAGUACGACAAGCAGAGGAAGAGGCUUAUCAACAUCGCCGUUGACAACCGUAGCUCCCCUUUCUACGCCCUGAGAGACCGCCAAGGCAAUGCCAUCGGAGUGGCAGCGUGUGACAUCGACGGAGACGGCCGGGAGGAGAUUUAUGUCCUGAACACCAACAAUGCCUUCUCCGGCCGGGCGACAUAUUCUGACAAGCUGUUUAAGUUCCGUAAUGGACGCUUCGAAGAUCUACUGAGCGAUGACAUUAACGAACACAGAGAUGUAGCAAACCGAAUGGCUGGGCGCUCAGUGGCCUGUGUGGACAGAAAGGGUACGGGGCGUUAUGCUAUCUACAUAGCCAACUAUGCCAGUGGCACCGUGGGUCCUCACGGUCUCAUAGAGAUGGACGAGUCAGCGAGUGACCUUUCACAGGGCGUCAUCGCCCUCUCCAGCGUCGCCGAGCAGGCCGGGGUCAACAAGUUCACAGGAGGGCGAGGCGUCGUGGUGGGGCCCAUUGUCAGUCAAACGCUGUCCGAUGUCUUCUGCGACAACGAGUACGGGCCAAACUUCUUGUUCAGGAACAACGGAGAUGGAACGUUCACCGAUGUGGCGCAGCAGACUGGUGUGGAGGACCCCAUGCAGCAUGGAAGAGGCGUGGCUCUGGCAGAUUUCAACCGUGACGGCAAGACGGACAUCGUCUACGGGAACUGGAAUGGACCUCAUCGCCUGUACAUGCAGCAGAAUAACCGCAAACAGAAGUUCAAGGACAUAGCAUCCCAGAAGUUUGCCAUGCCGUCUCCGGUUCGCACUGUCAUCGUCGCAGACUUCGACAACGACAAUGAGCUGGAGGUUUUCUUCAAUAACAUCGCCUACAGAGGCCCCUCUGCCAACAGGCUCUUUAGGGUGAGCAGGAGAGAGCACGGCGACCCACAGAUAGAAGAGCUGAAUGUUGGCGAGGCAUCAGAGCCUGAAGGGAGAGGAACAGGAGCUGUAGCCACAGACUUUGAUGGCGAUGGCCACCUAGAACUGUUGGUGUCUCAUGGUGAAAGUGCAGCACAGCCGCUCUCUGUCUACAAAGUCAACCAGGGUUCCACUAACUCAUGGCUCCGAGUAAUUCCCCGGACCAAAUUUGGUGCUUUCGCCAGAGGAGCUAAAGUGGUGGUGUACACAAAAAAGACAGGGCCACACACACGGAUCAUCGACGGUGGCUCGGGAUACCUGUGUGAGAUGGAGCCGGUCGCCCACUUUGGACUUGGCAAGGACGUGGCCACCAACGUGGAGGUUUACUGGCCAGAUGGUCGCUCAGUGGCUCGACCCCUGGAACCUUCAGAGAUGAACUCAGUGCUGGAAAUCCACUAUCCAAGAGACGAAGAGGAAAUCACUGCUACUACAGAAAUAGAGUGUGGUCAUGGGUUUGCUCUGAAUGAAAAUGGCCGCUGCACUGAUCAGGACGAGUGCACCCAGUUCCCCUCAGUGUGCCCCUCUGACCGCCCCGUCUGCAUCAACACCUAUGGCAGCUAUAAGUGUCGUGCCAAGAGGAGAUGCAAUCAGGGCUUUGAGCCCAGCGAUGAUGGGUCAGCCUGCGUGGCUCAGGUGGCUUACUUUGGGGGGGCGCAGUCCUCUGGGGAAUGCAAGUGGUCGCGCCUUUCUUUCUGGUUGCUUUCUGUCUCUGUGUUAGCACUCCUCGCAGCCCAUCUUCAGACAGGAACACUGUAGCUGCCAGUAUCUUCUCCCCCCCUUCCUAACUCUCUCCACUGCUGAGCGGGGAUGUACAAAAACUCUCAAGAGAACACUUUUCACUGAAACCUCUACUACUACUUCUUCUUCUUCUUCUUCUUCUCUAUGGAUGUCUAUCAUUUUUCCAUCAGUGAUUUGCAGCCUUGAUCCCUCUGCACCACUGCUCUGUGUCACCUCUUGGCUCCCAGCCCUCUGGACUAUAAAGAAGCGCACAGGGAGCAUGCUCGCUGGGAGCUACGAGGCUCAGAAACUGACUGUGUCACACCCGCAGAGUCCUCACGUCAUCACCUGGCACUUAACUUGGUAGGACCUGAACUGAGGCCAAGUCAAUAAGUGGUGCCGCAGCAGCGCAUAAACCUCUGCAUGUACAGAACUGGCUCUGCAGACCACAUUCAUUAGAGACCCGCUGAGGCCCCAUCUGUAUCUCUGCAAUGCUGCACACAUUCAUCCAGACAAUGUCACUCUCAUUCUUAGUAUGGGCUCACUGGGAUGCUGCUCGUAUGAGUGUGUGCGUGUGCGAGAGUGUGCGACAUCCAACAGGCAGUCAGCCACAGGAGCAUACGCCACACCAUCUGUCGCCGAUGGUAAGAUUACAUUUGGUUAUCUAUGAAUAAUACAGCAGCACAACAAAGAGGAUAAACACACGUGAGUGUGUGUGUGUUUUUAAAUGCAGUAACUGGCAGGUGCACUUGAACGCAUCGCAAUUUAUCCAUCGCUUUUAAAAUCAUCCGCCGAAUUAUUAAGUUGGAGUUGAAGAUGUGAACUUUAACCCCCGAGCAUCGGCUCAUGAUAUUUACUGUGAACGUUGUGUCUUAAAUUAACGUCGAGCAGAGGUCGACUGAUGCGAGUUUUUCUCUUGCCAAUGCGGAUCUUUAGAAAUCAGUGCCAAUAUUUGUUUCUGAUAAAACAUAGCAAUGCACCUAAAUAUUAAAUACAAGAAAACUCUUAUUAAUAAAUAAUAAUCGAGCGAUUAGCUUUUUUGUGCCUAAUUAAUCAAAUUAGACACAGAUUAAGCAUAGUUGCUGUCAAUUGUACUUAAAUCUCUCAUGGUUUAUUUUAACAUUAGAACUAAAUUGCAGAUAAGACAGACUUUAUAAAAUGACCAAAAUGAUGAAUGCACAAGUCAGUUUGUGAGUGAGAGGAGAGAAGAACUGUCCUACUGAAUGUAUUCAUUGACACUUAAUUAUUUGACUUAUUUAGCUGUGAAUAUCGGCUGCUGUUAUAUCGUUUUACUUGCUGCUUUAGUUAUUUAUUUUUUAAUCCAACACUUUGUCAUAUUUUGGCAGAAACUGACAGAUAUUUGCUUUCACAUCAGUUCUCCUCUCAAUAAUCUACACAACAACAACACAACUCCAAACAUACCAAGGCUGUGUACGUCUGUGUGUUUCAUGGACGGCUCUCUCUAUGUCGUGGACAUUUUUUUUUUCCACCCCCAAAAAAUCUGACACAUUCCAUUCAAGAACCAGCAGCAUGUGCAGCCCCGUGACAUCGCCGUGCCGACCCCACAGAUGCCACCUGUAAAUAUCAACCAUUGUCAGCUGAGCCUCACAGACCGAGCACAUUUGAACACACACAGACUGGAGGAUGAGAAUGACUCAGUUUGUGCAGAAAUGUUCUCUAGUGUCGGGGGGGCGGUGCAGCAAAAGAUGGAAUUCUGAGGACCGAGUGGAAACAUUUUUGUAGUUUCAGUCACGCUCUUGGAUCAGACUUGAACUGUAUCACUGCGGUCCCAUGUGUAAACUCACAGUUUGCAUGCACACAGGACAACAACAAUUGCACGAUUAAAAAAAGAAAAAAAAAGGGAGAGCACAGGUGUUUUUGCUCACGCUCUUCUCCUCUCGCGAUCCUGAACGGCGACGUAGUCAUUUGUUGUCAAAACGUGGUCCGUUUGUAUCUUUUCAGCCAAUACGCGAGUGGAAGAGAAACGAGAGCGCUGGAAGAUUGUUCACAACUUUUAUGUACUCAAGUAUUUACUGUAUUUACUCAGAAAUCCCAGCUCCACAAACUCACUUCAGAUUCUGACUCGUGUCUGUGGCCCGGGGAAACUGGAGUUCCUGGGAUGAAGAAAAUAAAUGAAAACACAGUAUUCACACAGUUAUGAUUACUUUCCCUCAAGCAUUAUCACCUGGACGUGGCAAUAUGCAGUCACUGACCACUUUAUUAGGUACACAGGACACCGACUAAAGUGGCAGGAGUGGCACUCGGUGUGGUCUUCUACAGCUACUUAAAGGUUGGACGUGUUGAGCGUUCACAUUUGUUCUUCUGCGGACCUCGGCUGUGAGUUAAUGUUACAUUUCUAUCAUUUUGAAUUUUUCUGACCCGACCUCUGACAUCGAUGAGGCAUUUUCACACUCCAACAACCAACAACCAUGCCACAUUCACACUCAUUUAAACCACCUUUCCUCACCAUUCUUAUGCUCAGUUUAAACUUAAACCCGUCAUUUAGUUGCUCCCAUAAAAAUUAGCUGAUUAGAUAUUAGGCGUACCUGAUAAAGUGGUGUGUGUGUGUGUGUCAUGGUCACCGUCAUCCAAGACGCUCGAGCUGUGUCUCUUUCUGCUGUAGUGAACAGCAAGUGAAGAUGCUCCUGUACAAAUUAAAACCUGAAACACACUACACAGUUUGCUUGUGCCUAUGUGUACAUAGCUGGUUUGUGUUGUUUUUAAACCUCAAAUUACAAAAUGUCCAGUACGGAAAGGGUGAGGAAAAGAGAAGAAACAGGUGUGUAAAGGAUGAAUGUAUACAACACACUCGUCAUUCUCUCUUCAGAGGUUCUCGUCAGUGCUGUGGGCAAACGUCUGUCCUCUGAGUGACUUCAGGUCACUGCAGGCGUCGAGUGAAAGAGGAAAGGAGUUUGAUGCAGCAACACUUCACAUCACCCUUGCUUGUAAUUGCAUUGGCGCAUUUUAAGGAAUAUGAUUUUAA